CUCUCAAAAAAAAAUGGAUGAUCUUGCUCUUAUCUUUUCUCAUCAUAAUAAGGGUGAGACAUCAAGAAAACAACUUCAUAAAGAAGAAGAUGAAAAGGCAAAUUCUUUAGCUUGUAUAAUUUCUUUCAACAAUAAUUUUGAAAAUUCUUUGUUAAUCCCAAAGGAAGAGGCAAAUAAUACUAUAAGUUUCUCAAAUAAUAAUAAUAUUAUUGGUGCAAAAUUUGGAGAAAGAAGGAGUGGGGAGCAAGCACAUGAACAUUUGUUAGCUGAAAGAAAGAGAAGAAAGAAGAUAUCUAAGUUGUUUGUUUCCUUAGCCUCUCUCAUUCCUGGCCUCAACAAGAUGGACAAGGCAUCAAUUCUUGAAGGAGCAGCCACUCUCAUUAGACAACUUGGUGAAAGGGCAAAACAAGAUGAUCAUCAAUCUACCAUAGACAUGAUGAAGAAGAGUAGUUUAUUACCAGAAGUUGAAGUAAAAAGUUUAGAAAAAGAGUUGCUCAUUACAAUAUUAUUAUACAAAAACCAACAAAAAGGAAAUAUUGAUGAAAUAUUAAGUGUGAUCCAAAGGCUUCAUUUAACUAUCAAGACCACCAAUCUCAUGCCAUUUGGCACCACCUCAAUGCAUAUCACAGUUAUUGCUCAGAUGAAUGAUGAGUUUUGUGAAACAACAGAUUUUCUUGCUGAGAAAUUAAGAUCGUCGAUAAUCAAUGUGUGAAGAUUAAUGUUUGGUCAGCAGACAAGUUGUACAUUUGUUAUUAUAUAUGCAAAUAAUAAUUAAUCUAACUAAUUAAUCACAUGUAUUUUGUACAUAUGUCUAUCCCAUAAUAAUAUAAAACAUGUGUUUUUUUGUACAAACAGAGUGGAAUAAAAGUGUCACCCUUUCAUGAAUUUUAUGCGGCGUAAAUUAAUAUUAAUCGAAGACUCCGAUAGAGAUAAUAAAAUUUAUUUUACA